AUGAGCACCACUACUGCUAUUUCGUAUGAUCCCGGAUUCAGCGUCGGCACUAGGUCAGCCUACCCCUCGUGGCCAGGGGUGGAUUCUGGGAGUAGCCUGGUGCCGCCGGAGUAUGGAGCGUAUGGGUCUGACGCCGGCUACACCCCGCCGAGCGGAUCCAGAUCAGUCACAGCGAGCCCGCCGAGGAUUGGCCUCACUCCUGAGCAGCGAGAAUUGAAGCGUCAGCAUGAUCAAGCGAGGCACAACGCUAAGCUUCAGAUUCGUGGAAGGAGGAUGGAGAGUCCGGCUUCAUCAGUUUACUCACCUCCGGCAACUUUGGGGGAUUUGACCACGAGCACAACUGCACUACCCGUUUACACCACAGCACCCGCUCAGCUUCCAUUACUCUCUGAACCUCCUACUCAGUACAUGGGGCCAUACAACCAACCAACACCGAGCAUGUAUGCCACACCUUACUCUCCUCCACAGAACACAUACCUGGAUUACACCAGCUAUCCCCCACCGGCAGCCCCAAGUCUUCCAUCACAGCAGUACGGUCUUGGAGUCUAUCACCCAGUUGCUCAACCAUAUCCGGCUGUGACUAAUGCAAAUGCCGCCGUUGCAGCCGCAGCAGCAGCUGCUGCUGCAGGAAGCCAGAGUCAGCAAAACCAGACUAAUGGGACUUCGGGCCUUGGGUCGACGACGCCACAAAACGGCCAACCCACGGAGUCUGCCAACUCCAGGUAA